AUGUAUAAGUCUGUUAAAGCCCAAGUUAGAACAACUGAUGGUUUAUCGGAACCAUUCAACUGCCCAGUGGGCCUCAAACAAGGCUGUUUGGGGUCGCCAAUUUUUUUCGUAAUUUUCAUAAAUGAGCUUGUAAAACUCUACGAAAGUUCAUCCACUCAUGGAAUACAGCUAUUUCCAGACACAUAUGAAGUAAAAUGUUUGUUGUUUGCUGAUGAUUUAGCUUUAUCAGCUGACACUGUAGUAGGGCUACAAAGGCAACUAGAUACGUUAAAGAAUUUCUGUGACGAUAUGAGUGUUCAGGUCAAUAAAGAUAAGACUAAAAUCAUGGUUUUUAAACAUGGCGGUUGCCUAUCACGUCAUGAAAAAUGGAAUUUUGAUGGUACCCCAAUUGAAGUUGUUAAAAGUUUUUCUUAUGUUGGAACUACAUUUAGCUCUAACCUUUCUUUUUCAAAGAUGGCAAGUGAACAAGCAACGAAAGGCAAACGUGUACUCAUUCACACAUGA